AGGACGUAUAGUCGGCGCAUUAGUCCUGCCGACCAAUCAUGACGGCUUGUCACCGCAAUUAAAAGCCCAAACCCAACCCUUUCCCUAAUUGUAUCCUUAUUCCUACCCCUAUUCCUAUUCUCCCUCUCCAAAACCUUUAUCCCUUUCUUCUCCGCUCUUCCUUCUUCUUCGCCCCUUCCGAUAAUUAUUUUUUCUCGUUAUCGGAAGGAGGAAUACCCAGAUCUAGGGUUUUCACUUUCGUUCUCUUUAUUCUCUGUUUCCUUCCCUUUAUUCCCUUUUUUUGUUCUCUUCUCUUGGGGGAGAGGAAUCCAUCUUAGCCAUGAGGGGAACAGCGGAGCAGGCGGCGGUGGCGACUGCAUCGGCGGAGGAGGUCGAUAAGGACAAGAAGAGGCGCCGCCGCCAGAAUCGGCGAUCCAAGCAAACCCUCGCCGGGAUGCCAGGGGGAGUGUGUGUCUCGAUGGACUCGGUGUGCGGGCAGCCGCCUGAGUGGCCGGAGAAUUGGAAAGGAGGCGGUGGCGGCGGUGGUGGGAAGGUUAGGCUCCAGAAAGCGUCUGGUGUUGGCUUCAGCUCCCUCCCUGCGAUGCAUAUUAAUGGUGAGGGUGAUGCUGGCGGGAUGACGGCUGGGUUUCUUGCAGGAGGGGAGAUCUGCCGAUCGUGCCCCUUGCCGACCUCUACUUCCACGGAGGCUCCAGUGGAUGGAACGGCUCCCAGGAAUACAGCAAAGAUGUAUUUUUCUCCUCACUGGUCGGAUCGGGCAGUGGAACAGGCCAUAGAGAAAGGGAAUGCCUUUAAAGCUACAUUUCGUGUGAACGCACAUAAUCGUCUUGAGGCUUACUGUACUAUAGAUGGUGUACCUGUGGAUGUUCUUAUUAAUGGAGUUGCUGCUCAGAAUAGAGCGAUUGAAGGUGAUAUUGUUGCUAUCAUGUUGGAUCCUGUAACAUCCUGGACCCGGUUGAAAGGAGCAAAUAUGCCCAGCAAUCCUGUUCUGGCAGAUGAUUCUAAUAUUCUGUCUGAAGCCCGAGAAGUGGUUGGCAAUAAAUGUGCGGGGAAAGAACAGGUGGAUGCCAACUGUGGUUGCCACACUUACUAUAAUGGCUUGUCCAGGUGCCAGUUCAAUGAGAAUGUAGGUAUUAGCGAAGUAGCUCAGAGUACUGCUGGAAAUGGACAUUGGUCCUCCGAUAGAAAGUGUAUUAAUGCCCCAGAAAGUUCAAAUGCACAGACUGUUGAGCAGGGAGAAGCUGCAAGAGCUUUAGAGAGGAUAUGUGCUAUGAUAAACUCUUACCCAUCAAAACGGCCUACUGGGAGAGUCUUAUCUAUCAUCAGAAUGUCUCCUCGCCGUGGAACAGUAAUUGGCUUUCUUGCGUCUAAGAAGUGGCUUCCUGAAGGGGAAGGAUAUGGAAACCUGGUUAAUGGUCAAGUUUCAAAGAAAAACAAGCACCCUGCAUCCUUAUUCGAUGAGGAUUACAUACAACUGACACCUACUGAUCCCAAAUUCCCAAAGAUGAUAGUUGCUGUCAUCAGUCUACCGGACUCUGUAAAGGAAAGGCUGAAAAAUAGUGACAGAACAGUUGACAAAGAAUUAGUUGCUGCACAAAUAGAUGAGUGGAAUGAGGAAAGUCUUUGCCCUCAAGCUCAUGUUGUACAUAUUCUGGGACGAGGCGGUGAAAUUGAACCACAAAUUGGUGCCAUUUUGUUUGAAAAUGCAAUUUGUGUGGCAAAUUUUUCGCCUGAAUCACUUGCUUGCCUUCCAGAUAUACCAUGGAAAGUUCCUGUAAAAGAGUUCGAAACUAGACACGAUCUGAGAAAUAUUUGCACUUUCACAAUCGAUCCAUCUUCUGCAAUUGAUCUGGAUGAUGCUUUAUCUGUAGAACAAGUAUCUGAUGAAAUAUUUCGUGUUGGUGUUCACGUUGCAGAUGUCUCGUACUUUGUUCUUCCAGACACAGCAUUAGAUACUGAAGCUCAAAUUCGAUCUACCAGUGUUUAUAUUUUACAGCACAAACUGCCAAUGCUGCCUCCAAAACUUUCUGAAGAAGUGGGUUCGCUUAUUCCAGGGGCAGAUAGACUUGCCUUCUCAAUUAUUUGGGAUAUCGACUGCUUUGGAAACAUCAGGGAUCGUUGGAUUGGACGAUCCAUUAUCCAAUCAUGCUGCAAGCUGUCGUAUGAUCUUGUUCAAGAUAUUAUUGAUGGAUCAUUUGAUGAGGAUCGAGUGAGUCUAUUAGGAAGUUUGGGUCCUCAAUUGCAUGAUAAAUUUAAAUGGAAGGACGUAUUUGAAUCCCUUAGAAGCCUGCAUGAGAUCUCUAAGAAGCUGAGAGACAUUAGAUUUAAAGGUGGAGCCCUUUGGCUUGAAACUGCUAAGCUUGUUUUCUUGUUUGAUGAGUGUGGAACUCCUUAUGAUAGCUUUCUUAAUGAGAGAAAGGAGUCAUGUUCUCUUGUUGAGGAAUUUAUGCUUUUGGCAAAUAGGUCUGUUGCCGAAGUCAUAUCCAGGGCUUUUCCUGAUUGUGCCUUGCUGCGCAGGCAUCCUGAACCAAAUUUACGAAAGCUUAAAGAGUUUGAAGCAUUUUGUAGCAAACAUGGUUUCGAGUUGGACACUUCAUCCUCUGGUCAACUUCACCUUUCACUGUCCAAAAUACGGGAGAAGCUAAAGAAUGAUCCUUUGUUGUUCGAUAUUCUUAUUUCGUAUGCUUCAAGGCCGAUGCAGUCAGCAACAUACUUCUGCACUGGGAAUCUGAAAGGCAGGGAAAAUGAUUGGGCUCAUUAUGCACUGUCAUUUCCCUUGUACACACAUUUCACUUCACCACUGCGAAGGUAUCCUGAUAUAAUUGUGCACCGGACAUUGUCUGCUAUACUCGAUGCUGAAGAUAGUUAUUUAAAGAAAAAACAGAAUUUGCUUGGAGCAUAUAAUGGUGAAGGAUCAGGCAGUGAAAUUGCAACUAGGCUUUUUACUGGCCUUUAUUUUGAUAAAGGUGCUGCUGAAUCUGAAGAAGGUAGCCAAAUAUUAUCAGCUGCUGCUUUGAAAUUUAAAGUUCCUGGAACCGAAGUACUUGCAGAAGUUGCUGCAUAUUGUAAUGAAAGAAAACUAGCUAGCAGGCAUGCUGAGGACGCUGGAGAGAAAGUCUAUCUCUGGGCCCUGUUAAAGAAGAAAGAGGUCCUACUUUCUGAAGCCAGAGUUUUGGGAUUGGGACCAAGGUUCUUGUCAGUUUACAUCCACAAACUAGCUAUUGAGCGGCGCAUAUAUUAUGAUGAAGUUGAAGGCUUGACUGUUGAGUGGUUCGAGACUACUUGCACAUUGGUGCUAGAUAUACUUAGGAAUAAACCCUUUCAGAGAAGGGGUAGCCCUGGGAAAUUCCGUGCGAUUCAAGAUGUAGCAUUGGUCCUGAAUCCAUCAGAGCUAGUCGUGCCUGAGGCAGAGAAGAAAGCAACGGGAGCACGAUGUGAUACCGCAAGUUUAACAUCCUCAGGCCUUGCAGGUGAUGGCGAAAUCUAUCCAACCGUUUUUCCUCUGGUACUGCAGCACUUAUCUGCUGUCCCUGUAGCUCUCCAUGCAAUUGGAGGUGAUGAUGGUCGGUUAGACAUUGGGGUGAGGUUGUACACAUGCUCAUACUUCUGGUGAGUUGGUCAGGAUUCGAUAGGGUUGCUGCAGGCAGGUGGGAUAUGAGCAACUGAGAUGGUAUCACUUCCUUGAUCAAAUGAUUCGAGUAAAAGCAAGGAAAAUGGGACUCCAAGUGCUGCAGGAUUCCACGAAUAAAAUGGGUUUGCUCCAUAUAGAUGUCAUAAUCGUGUAUAAGUUACAGGGCUGUUGAAAGUGAAGGAAGACCUCUCCUUUAACUGGCUAUCUGUGAAUAUGACUUCAGAAGAAAGCCUCUCUUUUUGGAAGGAGGUUUGAGGUGUGGUUUUGGUUGGUUAUGGGUUUGGGUGGGCCUUGGGGCUUAAGUAGCUUUGCCUUUUAUUACCGAGCUGCUUACUGGGGAAUUGGAUUUGCCUGGGUAUUUUUUUUGGCUCAGCAGGCAUAUUUCAACCUGGAUGCCCCUGGCCUCCAGCCACUUCUGUAUCAAGAGUACGAAGGAUGUCAGAGCCUGUCUGUGUUUUUUAAUGGUGGGCUUUAUCUCUUUUAGAAUUUCCGAUUAUUGCAUGUUCUUUUGAAUACUUGUUGAUUGAGCUUUGCUUUCUGUUUUCCUUUUUUUUGUUUGUUUUUUUAAUGCAAUUAUAUAGCUUGGCAAAGGGGACCCUUUGACCCCUAAAAUUA